CGUCAUCAGCGAGCGUCGAAUUCAACAUGGCGAGUGUUGUUUAGUUGUUGUUAAUCUGCGCUUCCGAAUUAACCCCCAAUCACUGAACCCGGCAGUCUCUCUCGUCUUCAGCCACCAUGGGCGAUGAGAAGCAGUCAGAGGCUCGUAAUUUCUUCAUGGGCUUUGAUGACCUGAGCGACAGCAGCAGUGACUCGGACGGUGAGUCCGGUGUGAAGAACCGAAGCGAACCGGAGCCCUCAGCAUCGACUGAAGCGCAGGGCCGCAAGCGAGCCGCCGAACCGCUGCCGAAACCCGACGAUCUUUUCCGAUCCGUCAGCAAACCCGCUUUCCUCUACAACCCGCUCAAUAAAGUCAUCGACUGGGACAGAAGAGCCGUCAAAGCGCCAGAAGAGCCUCCUAAGCAGUUCAAGGUGUGGAAGAACAAUGCCGUUCCUCCGCCACAGACGUACGUGACGGAGGAGAAGAAGAAAGGAGCUCCUGAUGGAAUGGACAUGGCCAUCAAAUGGUCCAAUGUGUAUGAGGACAACGGAGACGACGCCCCUCAAGCCCACGGUGGCCCCGCCCACUUCCUGCCGGAGGAGGAGCAACAGCAGGACUCUGAUGACGAUGCGUCUGGGAAGCAGCAGGCGUCUGCUAAGAAGCGUCGCGUGGAAACCUUCCAGCAGAAGGAAAAGAGGAAGCGGGACAUCGGACAGGCCACGUCUGAUAAGAACUUUGUGGAAGAGGAGAAGCGGAUCCUGCGUCAGAGUUUGGACUGAAGAGCGCUCCGCUGGUUUUAAUCCCUGAUUCUUUAACAGUCUCUGGAUGCUGACGGGAAGGGCAUCACGACUCCGGGGAUAUUUUACAUUUAUUACUCUAAAAUCACGUCCAUGUAGAGGGAGAGGGUUCAGGAUGAUGUGUUUGUGUUUUGGACGUCAUUGUAAGUAUGACUUCAACUGUAAAUGUGUAGCUGCAUCCAAGCAUCCAUUGGUUAUGAUGUUUCUUGUAAGUUUCCAACGAUUUGUAGCUUCUCAAAUGGAUAAAGCCCUUUUCUCGGA